AACACCUCUUCCCCGUGUUAAUCCAACCUCGACUCAGAUAUCGCCUAUCCCUCGACCGGACCCGGUAUUUUCAAAGACCGACUAUAAACGAAGAUGGCUUCAACUCUUGCUAUGGGACUCGGUGUCGCGACCGCGGCAUUUUUGGGUCGCGCGGGUUUCGUUGCUUUCCGUCGCUACAGGGGAGGUGUAAACGCCGCGGGCAAGGCAUUCUACAAGGGAGGAUUUGAACCCCGGAUGAACCGUCGCGAAGCCGCAUUGAUCCUGGAACUUCCGGAACGUACCUUGAACAAGGACAAGGUCCGCAAGAAGCACCGUCAGCUGAUGCUUCUUAACCACCCCGAUCGCGGUGGCAGUCCGUACCUGGCAACGAAGAUCAAUGAAGCCAAGGAAUUCCUCGAUAAGCAUACUUAAUGGUAGAAUCGGAAGGGGCCGUGGCCCCUGGUCACCGUUGGGGGUAUUUGCGGAUCCUCUAAGAACGGAAGGGUGGACCCUUCGUUCAUUGUAUAAGGAAAGAGAAUGUCUUUUUUUGGGUGCAUAGCAUGGCGUUGGUGGAAUUUUCGAGGACGAGGUACAUUUCUUCAUGCUCCUCCCGGAGACUUGUGUUUGCAUAUAUCCUGACGAGAUCGCCACUCCUGAUUACUUUACAUGUACUACUGUAUAAAUACUAAAGAAACCUAUCAUUGAGAAUCGUCCAUCUCGCAUGAUAGUGUUGCAGCUAGGAUAGCGCACCAUGAUCAUGACUAUCGAACAAGGUCUAAACUGCCUGGA